UUAGCAAGCACAGUGCUGAUGUUGAUUGCACUAAUAAUCAGAACAGUACUCCAUUGAUGCGAGCUGCGCUGAAUGGUCGUGUGCAUGUUUUGGAUAUGCUAAUCAAAGAAUUCAACAGCAGUUGUCAUGUCCGAGGUUACAAUGGUUAUACUCUCCUUCACCAUGCAUGCGAUGGUGGUCAUAUAGAACUGAUAGACAAAUUAGUGCUUGAAUAUGGCCUCAAUCCCGCAGAUAAAGAUAAUGAUGGUAACACACCUCUACAUGUUGCAGCCAUUAAAGGACAUGUUGAAACAGUAAGACUUUUGAUUACUCAACACAAAAUUGAUAUUAAUAUCACUAAUAAUGUUUACUCUACCCCAUUGUGUUUAGCAGCUGAAGGUGGUCAUGAGAUUGUGAUUUAUGCCUUUAUUAAAGAGUUUAAAUGCAGCCCACAUAACAGAGGCUACAAUGGUCAAACUCUGCUUCACUAUGCUUUCCAAAAUGGUCACGUAGAACUAUUGAAUAAACUGGUAGCUCAAUAUAAGGUGGAUCCCACAAUUAGAGACAAUGAUGGGAACACACCUCUACAUCUUUUGUGUCCUACACCGCAUACUGAAGAAAUGCUAAGAACAAUCCUUUGCAAGUACCAGUACUGGACAGUGUUUCAAGUUAAUAAUAAAGGUAACACCCCUCUUCACACAGCAACUCUAUAUGGGCAAACUCAUUGUGCACGUUUACUAUUGCAGAAGUAUAAUGCUCCACUUUUUGUGCGAAAUACAGAUGGGAAGACAGCCCUUGAUUUAGCUAAACUUCAGAGAAAACAAGAAAUUGUUACAAUUUAUGAAAAUCAUACUUCCAAACUCCAGUUAACCUAUGAGCAACUAGACGAACUUGCUAAACAAGAGUUUACUGGUGAAAAGAACCUCACCAGAAUAUUUGUUGUAGGGCAUCCAGGUGCAGGGAAAUCCACGCUUGUUGAGACUAUUAAAAAGGAAGGUUUCUUCAGCUACUUCAGCACAUCAACUGUUUCCCCUCACACUCCAGGCAUUAUUCCAAGUACUUAUGACAGUAGUUAUUAUGGAAGAAUGAUACUCUAUGAUUUUGCUGGUGAUUCCGAGUACUACUCCUCACAUGCUGCAAUUAUGGAGUCAAUCAACACAUCAAAAGGAAGUAAUAUAUAUUUGAUAGUUUGUGAUUUGAGUAAAGGCGAAGAAGCUGCUGUCACUAAAUACAGCUACUGGCUUUCAUUUCUAUCAUACAAUAUUAAGCAAUUCUCAAACAUGAUUAUCCUACCAGUGGGAAGCCAUGCUGAUGUAAUCAACAAAACGUCAGUUAAACAAGUGUUACGUGUUCUUGACAGCGUAUCCCAAAAGUUCUGUAGCAGCUCCAAGAUUGAUAAUUUUCAAAUUGAACAAAGUGUUUCUCUUGAUUCUCGUAAACGAGGGGCUGUAGUAAAUUACAUAAAGGAACUCACUAAGAAAUUUUCCAAUUUAGUAUCCCUUUCCCCAGAGACAAGCACACUCUUGGGAUUGUUGAAGAAAGACUUUGAACAUGUUCCAGCUUGCAAAGUAAGCCUCCUUAUCUCUCACAUAGAAGAGACUGGAAUUCCACUGCCAGUAAAUUCUUCAUCACUGUACACUCUCAUAAGAGAGUUACAUGAUUUGGGUCUGCUAAUGUUGAUAGAGAGAGAAGGGGACUCCAUUGAGAACCAUAUAAUAAUUCUCAAGAUAUCAACAUUCACAUCAAAUGUACACAAAAAACUAUUUUCAGAGUCUGACCUCACAGAGCACAUUGAUCAACUCAAGUUUAGCGUAGGUAUUAUUCCAGAAUCACUACUGGAGAGAGUACUGCCAGAGUACAUCACAAAAGAAAGUCUACUGCAGUUGCAGUACUGUCACGAAAUUGAAAAUUUGUACGUGGAAAAGGACCACACUCUUUCUCAACUCACUUCAGAACCUGUACCAACAGAUAGUGCCACUAAAGAGAAAUCUCAUUUAUUUUUCCCUGCUCUAUGUGAUCUCAAGCUUGAGGACAUUCAAUGGCCUAAAUCCGAAGGUGAUAACAUUACUUUGGGAUGGUAUGCUAAAUGUGAUGGUGACAGAUUCGACUUCUUUCCAACACGAUUUCUUCAUGUGCUUAUCGUUCACCUCUCUCACAACUUUGCACUAAAACAAAGCCUGCCAACAAGACACAGACUCUCCACUACAGCUUUGAUUGCUGAGGUGCAUGCUGCCAAUCCUAGCUGUCGUGUGUGGUCGACUGGUUUGCAUUGGCUUAUGAAGAAUGGAGUGGAAGUGUUUGUCGAUAUGCCUAAAGAAGCUGAUAGUAAAGAACUGGUUGUACUAGCAAAGAGUGACGUCCGAAAUCAAGCCAAGUGUUUUGAAACUCUGCAUCAAGUUAUUCAAAAGAUAGUGGAAACAAAAGUUGAAUUCUGUGCUGGUAUAGUGCCUACUGUUUACCUUCUUGAUCCGAGUAACCUCAAGGAUGAACCUUUUACGAAUGCUUUGAGUUCAUCUAAAUACGUUCUUAGUGAUAUCGAAGAAGCACUAGCAGAAGGCACUGAGGAAGUUGCCGAUAAAAACAGGCAAUGCUUCUCCACUCCUAUCAAAGAAUGGAUCAGCCCAACAAGAUGGGCCAUAUCUUACUGGAAUUUGUUUUUUCCAAUGAAUACCUUCUUGGUUCAUUCUGCUUUGCUAGAAGUAAAGGAUGCUCAAUGGAAACUGCUAGGAAUGAGUCUUCCGAUCCCCUGGAACAAAUUAGAUGAAAUUGAGAAUAAUGACUCAUCGUUCCCAGGUGACAUUGCUAAGAAAAAAGAAGUAAUUCGACUGUGGAUGUCUCAAGAACCCACCUGGAUAGUGUUGGUAGACGCUCUCAGUCAAUCUGCAUAUGGAUGGUCACAGAAUUCAAGUCAAAUCUCACAAGAGCAUAAUGUACCUCUACAAAAGAAAAUCCUUGAAAGCAAUUCAUCCGUCCGUCCUGACGAGGAUUUUCUCCAAUCGUUUGCUGCCAUCAUUGGCUCUCGAUGGCAGUGUCUUGCUUUUCCCCUCUCCCUCACUUCUGAAGACAUUGUGAGCAUCAAGAGAGAGACAAGAGGAGCAGAGCCGACCAGACAAGCACUCGUCAUACUGCAGAAGUGGGCAGCCAGGGAGACUGCAACUUAUGGUCAGUUGAGAGAGAGACUCCGAACACUCUCAGUGUUUCAUAUCUGAGAAAAGUUGGUAUCAUGCAUCACAGCACACAUUUAACUGCAUGCAUGUAGAUAUUUAUAUAGCUGUUUUAUCAUCACCUUGUUUGUAAGUUUUCACUUUCAAUGUAGACUGCCCUGCAAUGCACUGCAUAAUUAUAACUUUCAAAAAAAGCACAUAAUUUUGUUAGCCUUUACUAGUUUCUUAAUGUUGUCAAUUAUUAUUAGUCAAUUAAUGCUCCCCAAGUCAUUUUUGUACUGCAGCUAGAGCUUCAGCUAGUGUUGUACAUAACUUCUGUAACAGCUCCAAGAUUGAUGAUUUACAAAGCAUUGCUCUGAUGUCGUAAAUGAGGAGCUGUGAAUGACACUAUCCUCCGUUGGACUUUCCCCAGAGACAAGUUCUCUUCUGGGAUUGUUGAAAAACACUUUGACUAUAUUCCAAGCUUGCAUAAUAAGCCUCCUUAUCUCUCACAUAGAAGAGACUGAAAUUCUGCUCACACCCUAAGAGAGUUACUCUCAUCAGAUGUACCUAUAAUCAAAUAUUGUCAAAGUCCACUAAAGCGGACGUCACCAAUUACAUCGAUUAACUCAAGUUCAGCAUAGUCCUAGUCAUUACAGAAUUGCUACUGUAUGGAAAAGUACUGCCAGGAUAUACCACAAGCUGCAGUACUGCCACGAAAUUGAGAAUUUGUACGUGGAAGAGGUCCACUCUUUCUCAACUCACUUCAGCCUAACCAGUAUACCAACUAUAAGAGUGCCACUAAAGAGAAAUCACAUCUGCUUUUUUGAUCUAUGGGUGAAAGGUGACAAGAUUACCCAGGAUUUUAUGCUAAAUGUGAUGUUGGCAGAUUUGACUAUUUCCUCCUCAUCUCAUUUU